AUGAACAGCAAAGACUUAACUAUCAAACUCUAUGAAGAACAGACAGUGAUCUCUAAUGUUCCAGUCAAUGCUCAAUGGUCACAGAACGGGGUGACUGUUGCUGGAGGCCACGGACAUGGCGAUAACUCCAAUCAACUCAACUAUCCUUGGGGUCUCUUCAUUGAUGAUGAUCAAACGGUGGUCAUUGCUGACUGGGGAAAUCAUCGUAUCAUCCAGUGGAAGAUAGGUGAUAAGAAUGGACAAAUACUAGCUGGUGGCCAUGGCCGAGGAAAACAAUUGGAUCAAUUGGAUGGUCCAAGCGAUGUGUUGAUCGAUAAAGAGACAAAUAGUCUCAUUAUUUGUGAUCGAGGAAAUCGACGAGUUCUACUAUGGUCUCGUCGUAGUGGUACAACUCAAGGAAAAAUCCUCCUCGACAAUAUCCAUUGCCGAGGAUUAGCCAUGGACGAUCAGAGAUAUCUCUACAUCUCUGACGAGGAGAAGAAUGAAGUAAGACGAUAUAAAAUAGAAGACAAAAAUGGAACUAUCGUGGCUGGUGGUAAUGGACAAGGUGAUGGUCUCAAUCAACUCAGCUCCCCAACCUAUCUGUUUGUUGAUCGACAACGGGCCGUUUAUGUAUCGGACUAUCGAAAUCAUCGUGUGAUGAAGUGGAAUAAUGGUGCAACAGAAGGAAUUGUCGUCGCUGGUGGUCAAGGCUCUGGAAAGACUCUAACACAAUUGUGUUGUCCUGGCGGAAUCUUCAUUGAUACGUUGGGUACCAUGUAUAUUGCAGACUCAGGGAAUUAUCGAGUGAUGCGUUGGCCUAACGGAGCGAAGCAAGGCACUGUCAUAGCGGGUGAAAAUGGUGAUGGAGAAGGAGCAAAUCAGUUGAGCCGUCCCGAUGGUUUGUCCUUCGACCAAUAUGGCCAUUUCUAUGUUGUCGAUUAUUGGAAUGAUCGAGUUCAACGAUUUUCGAUUGAAUAG